UAAAAUCUCUUGGAACUGCGUAGAUGGGUAUAAGGCAGUUCUUUGCAUACUUCCUGACACUUCUGUAAGUUUAAAUUCAUUUGAUAUUAAAAGUUAAAAACAGAAAACCAUUCUGUGGGAGUAGGAGAGGCUUUGACAUAGGAACAAGAAUGAUACCUUUCUCUGAGCUCAUUUUGAGGUAAAUAACUCAAUUUUUAUUGAUUCUUCAGCUCUGACCUUUUAUCGCACCUCAGCCCUAGAAAAACUGUCACGGAGGAAUGGGGGGGAACCAGUCAUGGGUCACAGAGUUCGUCCUGGUGGGAUUCCAGCUCAGUGCAGAGACGGAAAUGCUCCUCUUCUGGAUCUUCUCCCUGUUCUAUGCCUUCAGUCUGUUGGCAAACGGCACGAUCUUGGGGCUCAUCUGUCUGGACCGCAGACUGCACACGCCCAUGUACUUCUUCCUCUCACACCUGGCCAUCAUUGACGUGUCCUAUGCUUCUAACAAUGUCCCCAAGAUGCUGGCAUACUUAGUGAAUCAGAAUAGAACCAUCUCCUUUGUCCCAUGCAUUAUGCAGACUUUUUUGUAUUUGGGUCUUGCUGCUACAGAGUGCCUGAUUUUGGUGGCGAUGUCCUAUGAUAGGUUCGUGGCAAUCUGUCACCCCCUCCAGUACACUGUCCGCAUGAGCUGGAGAGUGUGCACGGUCCUGGCUGCCACUUCCUGGUCAUGUGGAUUUAUCCAGGCUUUGGUACAUAUGAUUCUCCUUCUAAGGUUGUUCUUCUGUGGAUCCAGGGAAGUGGACCACCUCUUCUGUGAAAUUCUGUCUGUCCUCAAGCUGGCCUGUGUUGAUACAUGGAUCAACAAAGUGGUCAUCCUUGCUGCUUCCAUGUUUGUCUUAGUAGGGCCCCUCUGCCUAAUGCUCGUCUCCUACACACGCAUCCUCUGGGCCAUCCUACAGAUCCAGUCAAAGGACGGCCGCAGAAAGGCCUUCUCCACCUGUUCCUCCCACCUCUGCGUGGUCGGACUCUUCUUUGGCAUAGCCAUGAUGGUUUAUAUGGUCCCAUCCUCCAAGCAACGAGAAGAGCAGGAGAAAAUACUGUCUCUUUUUCACAGUCUCUUUAACCCAUUGCUGAAUCCUCUCAUCUACAGCCUGAGAAAUGCUCAGGUGAAGGAUGCUUUGUAUAGGGCCCUGCAGAAGAAGGGGUCCUUGUGAAGGGUAUAUAGACGCUAUUUGAUAGGGGAUUUCGUUUAACAAUAAGUGGUUUUCUGAAGGAAACACUUAGAAAAA